AUGAACAUAAACACGCUCCUUUUGUUGGCCCUGCAGGCUCUCGCCUCGGCUGCUACCACGGUAGAGAUCUGCCAGGACGUCACUACCCAGUACAUUGAAAAUCCGCUCUUUGAGCAUGGAGUGACAGAAUGGACAGUACAGUAUGGCACAAAUGGCAAUGAGUAUGAUGUAUAUUAUACAUCUCAAACGCCCGAUGGCCACGCCGGCUACGUGCUGGCCCUCAACGGCGAUCACCUAACGAGCAAUAUCAUCUCGCAAGAAGUUUCAGGUCUUGCGAACGGCAUCACGUAUACCUUCAGCAUGUGGUGGCAGCUCUUCCCCUUGGGAACUGGAGCAUGUACUUCGUACAUCUCCUUCGACAAUAUCAAUCUCGGCUCGCAAAGCCUCACCUCAACCAGCGACAGUGGGGUCUGGAAGCAAUUCACUGCCACGUACAGUUCUAAUGAUGAAGACGGAGAGCUCAAGAUCAUGGUAGAUUGCACCGCUGGCAGAUUUGCAGACGACUCAGAGGUCAACUUUUACAAUAUCACCUUGACGGGGCCGACAGAGAUCGUCGACGAGCGUGUCUGCGAGCACUUUGGCAACUUCCUCUCCUUCAUCGUCAGUGGCAAUACCAGGCUCGUCAUCGCAGUCGUUUCGUUGGCUUCCUCUGCUGUUACAUCAGUGACAACGCCAGCCUCAUCCAGGCCUACUUCCUCCUCAUCCGGGAUCAGGCUUCUUUCAAGCAGUUCCAUGAAUAUCGCCAGCUCAUCCAGGUUCAUUAGUUCCUCACGAGUUGCAAGUAGUCAGUCCAUCGGCACCAGCUCGUCUGCCAUCGUUUCAUUAGCUUCCUCUGCUGUAUCAUCCAGGCCCACUACUUCCUCAUCCAUGGCCAGGCCACGUUCAAGCAGUUCCAUAUAUAUUGUCAGCUCGUCCAGGUUUGCUAGUUCCUCACCAGCCUCAAGCAGCAGCAGCAUCCGCAGCAGCUCGUCUUCAGCCAUCGCGUCUCAUCCGGCCAGUGGGACUUCGAUUCAGACUUCAUCAACUAUGCCUUCGGGCUCACAUUCGGGUACUUCCAGUUCCUUCACUCACUCAUCCUUGCCAGUAACAACGUCCACAUCUACGCGAACUGAACACGCCUCUACAUUAUUAUCUGCUUCACAUGGACCGACCACCGCAGGCGAGUUCACCACUUCUACCAUUGUUACAACGGUGGUCCGCACAAUCACCUCUUGUGCAGCAUCUGUCACCGACUGCCCGGCCAGAGAACGCUCUACAUUCCUCACCACCGAGACUUCCGUCGUAGGAACCACCGGCUGCCCGGUGACGGCUGCAGAAAGUAGUACUAUUGUUCACAAGACUGCUGUGCCAUCAAUAACUUCAACAGGCGAAAUAUCAUCUCAGCAGAUGACGACCUCCACCGUCUUCACCACACAGCUGCACACUGUAACUGCUUGUCCGGCGUCAGUGACCGACUGCCCGGCUUCCCAAAAGACAAUAUACGUGAAGACAGAAACGGUGGAAGCGUAUACUACGGUCUGCCCCGUAACUGCCACCGAGAUGAGCGGUUCAAGUCUUCGCAAAUCAGUCGUACCAGGAACCAGCAGCUAUCCAGAUACUCUAUCGACCGUUCAAGUGUUCACUGUGACAGCGAGCGGCGUUGCGCAUGCACCAACGACGUACCUGGCAACGGAUACUAUUCCCCUCGGGGCUGCUUCCUCCAGCACCGCUUCAAGCGAUAUUGUUCCUGCCGUCGCUUCAUCGACUACUGCCUCUAGUUACAACAUCAUGACGCUCCAGUCCAGCUCCCCAGUCAGCACAGAUAUAGGCAGCACUGUCACCACCGAAGCUACUAGCGCUGUCUACACAGGAGCUUCCUUUUCUUUGAAAGUCGAUAUCAUGUCCGUUGUACUUGGGUUUGUGGUGAAAACUAAAGAGUACAAUACAACCGUGUAUGCCUGCCUUGAACCAGUAGGCCUUGGUUGA